UCAUCCCUUCACAAGCCUGAACGAGCGUACCCGUUCUCGGUGUGGACGGACUUCUACCAGGACUGUAUGGAUUUUGCAUUUUCUGCUGGCGUAGCCUAAACGUGAACGUCUCUUCUAUUUUGCGAUUAGAGCGAUACGUGGUGAAAAGAAAUAAAGCGUCCGAUUAAGAAUUCUUUCAUGGUGGUUUACGAGAACACUCCGUUUGGAGUGCAAAGAAGAACUAGAAGAAGAGCGACGUCCUUGUAUACUGUGUGCGUCUAGAUCCCGAUGGACUACGGCAAUACGAUGGCUCCUCCAGUACCUCCACACAAACCCAAGUCCUCCCGACCCGCCGAGCCGCAGGAGCGGGUACUGAAAUGUGUCCUCCUCGGUGAUGGGGCAGUGGGGAAAACAAGCAUGAUCGUGAGCUACACAACGAAUGGAUAUCCCACCAGAUAUGUCCCGACAGCCUUCGAUGACUUCUCCGCCAUUGUACAGGUGGAUGGAACCCCAGUGCGCCUGCAGCUUUGUGACACAGCUGGUCAGGAGGAGUUCGACAAGCUCCGUCACUUCUGCUACGCGCGCACGGACGUGCUGCUGCUGUGCUUCAGCGUGGUGAGCCCGGCGUCCUUCCAGAACGUGUGGGAGAAGUGGCUGCCCGAGAUCAGCCGCCGGUGCCCGCGGGUGCCCCUCCUCCUGGUGGGCACGCAGAGCGACCUGCGCCAGGACGUCAAGGUGCUGAUCGAGCUGGCGCGGCGGCGCGAGCGGCCCGUGGAGGAGCACGAGGCCCGGGCGCUGGCGGCCAAGGCGGGCGCGGUGGCCUACGUGGAGUGCUCGGCGCUGACCCAGAAGAACCUCAAGGAGGUGUUCGACGGCGCCAUCGCGGCGGGGCUCAGGCACGCCGAGCGGCGCGCCAGGAGGGAGAGGAAGGUGCGCAGCACGGCCGACAAGAUGAAGACGCUCUCCAAAGCCUGGUGGAAGAAGUACGUCUGCAUACAGUAACAGACAAAGAGAGAGAGAGAGAGAGAGAGAGAGAGAUGGAGGGAGGGAUGGAAAAAAGAGAGGGAGGAAUGAAGGUGGUGUGAAAGACCUGAGCCUCCUCUCUGAAAAAAAAAAAACCUUUGCAAAAGUUUUCAAGACUUUCUGUGUGUGUGUCAUCCAGAGAGAACUUUUCUAAGGGGAACUGUGAGGACUGGCUGUAAAUGGUUCUUAGGUGUAAAAGGUUCCUGAGGACAUUUGAGAGACAAAACCAUGUGAUCUCUGCCGGCCUUUGCCAGAGGACUUGGAAAUAGGAACAUGGAAAAUGGACAUGAUAGACUUACUGAUCCAGCUGCAACCUCUGUCCUCCCAAACUCCUCGCCUCCCCCUUCUCUCUCAGGUGUGACCUCACCAAACUGACUCUGGAUCAGUGGAUCGUACACACUGAAUACGCAUAAGACUCAAUACGAAAUCCAAAUCAGGCUCCCGUCAAUCAGUUUGCUGGGGAAAGGAUUGUGUGUUUUAAAUGGACCUCUGAAAGAAACAACACCCAUUUUUCUCUCUUAUUUUCACCCUCCAAACAAAUUUUAAUGUUUUGUUUUGUAUUUAUCUUUUAAUGUCCUGUAUGUCUGCCUCUGUCUGUGUGUGUGCGUGUGUGUGUGUGUGUGUGUCAAAGAUAGCUGAUUCUCAUGAUCUAAGCAACUUAGCCCAGGCUCCUAGCAGUCCUGACCGAUGUCCAGAAGAGCUGUGUUUAUAACUUCCCUCCAGACAAGGCCCCUCACUGGCCAAAGCAUGAGCGAUGAUUUCAUGUAUGUGUGUGUGUGUGCUGUGUGUGUGUGUGUGUGUGAGUGUAAGAGAGCAGUAUUUCCAGACCUCUUGGCUUGCCAAGGCAGGGGGUGAUUUCAUCCUCUUGUCAAGUUUCCUUUUGAAACUUGAGGUCACAAAGCCGCAUCCUCCCCUCUCCCUGUGUGUGUGUGUGUGUGUGUGUGUGUUUGGAUUGCUGCAGCUGUUUCUGAUGAUGACCCUAACCACCCUCCAGGCAACCUCCUGGGCUGCUUCCAAAACAACCCUUGCUUGACUCAUCGUUAUGACCCCCUGCCCCCAAACACACAACACACACACACACACACACACACACACACACACACACACACACACACACACACACACACACACACACACACACACACACACACACACACACACACACACACACACACACACACACACACACACACACACACACACACACACACAAACACCCUUCUCGCUCUGUUUGUCUUUAUCAGCUCUGAUCAGCCAAUUCAUUAGCACUCUACAAAAACACAGUCUUCCUUUUAUCUCCGAUCUGCACUAGUGGUGAGACAAAGUACUUAGUGGCUGACAUCAUCUGGCUGUGGGAUAUGAGUCUGCUUGUGGAACCACUUUGGUCUUCCUCUGGGGCUUAGAACUAGGAGAGAGUUCUUUUGGAACCAUUCGGGAUUCUGAAAUGGAACUCGAUAUAAUAAAAAAAAAAAAAGGGUUUUGGCCGGAAAACCUUCUAAAAGUUGCAGUGAAACUUAGAGAAGGUUGCCGUGAAAGUCACACACCAUGAAUUUGUGCAGGAAAUAGCCUCUGGAACAGCUGAGUCAUAAUGGUCAAGGAACUCUGAUAGCUGAAGUGUUUGACAAGAUCUCCUUCACAGGGACUCUCUGGUGUUAUCGUGUUUAACCCAAACCCAAACAUCACAGUUCAGAAACAUACAACAGUAAACACGUCCUCCUCAACCCCCCAAACACAACACUAAAAGUAAAAGACAGCAUCAAAAAAAGGCUUCUCUUUUGAAAGAGGUCAAAGGUACUGUGUGAAUAUUUAUUUCAUUUUGAAAGAACAAAAAAAGUGCAUAGAUGCAGUAUGAUACAGUACGUGUUUUACGUGGUUGAUUUACAGUGUGUGAAUGUUUUUUUCUCAUGGAGUUUUAGCUUUGAUUUUAUUUAAGUUUUCUCUCAGUGUCUGAGUGGCUCCCAGGGACCGAGCCAGAGUUCUAGUCUACUCCUCUGGGUGGGGCCUCUCCCCCCGCCCACCCCCAUAUUUGCUUCUCAUUAUUCAGAAGCGCAUCUACAUCCCAGACACCUGGACAUCAGCCAUGAGACUCGCAUGUACUCCGUCCACAAAACAAACUUCUCAGACAAGCUCUGUGUGUGUGUGUGUGUGUGUGUGAACUGAACGUGUGUGUGUGUGUGUGUGUGUGUGUGUAUGAGUGUGUAAGUACCUCUGGGUGUCAUGUCUUGAUCAGGGUAACUCUGUGUAGAUUUGUACAUUUAUAUAACACUAUAUUAGGGACUCUUGUUUGUCCUGCUAUGUCUUGCCCUCCUUAACACACACUCACACGGUUGUUUGGUGUAGUGUGUGUCUGAAGGAGGGUGUGUGUUGCUGAUGGCCCUUGGUGUGGUGAUAAUCAUGCAAACAGCAACUGAAAAAUAAAAUGUGAAAUAUGAAAAAAAUAA